GGUAGUUGAGUGUCAGUAUACUAAACUAAUAUGGCUAUCCCAAGAGCAUUUGCUUCCCUCUCUCUGGCCCUGCUCCUAGUUGCUUCUCCUCUUUGCUGCAUGGCAGACUUCAUACUUUACUCUGGGGAAUCCCUCCUCUCGGGCCAAGCCUUGUACUAUGCGAGCUACACUUUCAUUAUGCAGUCUGACUGCAACCUGGUCGAAUAUGACAACGGCAAAGCAAUAUGGGCUUCCGGCACUAACGGCCGAGGCACUAACUGCCGCGUCACUAUGCAGAGUGAUGGUAACCUGGUCAUUUAUGACAACAACAACAAGGCUGUGUGGGCGAGCAACACCAACGUGGGACAAGGCCACUAUGUCCUCAUCCUCCAGAAAGAUCGCAACGUUGUCAUCUAUGGCGGUGCACUCUGGGCAACCAACACCAACAAAAUUGGCGCCUCUGGCGUUAUGUUCAUCGAAAGUAAGGCCACCAUCUUUGGUGCUUUACCUGCUAAUAAAACUACAGCAGAAGCUAAGACUGCAAGCAUUUCCAUGGUCGUCAACAAGUGAGAUGCUGAAGCUCACUGAACAAUAUAUAUAAUAAGCGCAUCCAUCGUCGUCGUUCAUGCAUGCGAAAGUUAUGAGCAGUAAUCGGCUUAUAUAUAUAGCCGGUGUGUUUAAUUAGUUUCUACUGUUGCAUGCUGAUGGUAAUGAGAAGGUGAUGCAUUCUAUGCCUCCUUGCUUCUUCA